UAAGCGAAGUUAGUCUUACUUCAACUUCGCCAGCGAGUCGAUCGGUCGUCGUCGUAGUCGUUCGGCAUUCUACGGUGUGGUACUCGAUCGCGCGUGUUUCUUCCCAUUCCCCGCAUACAGGCAAGGAGAUGUGGUGGAUCUCUCCCCGAGUGACACUACGCCACCACAACCACCACCAGCAGCAGCAGCAGCACCAGCAGAAGCAGCAAAAACAGUACGAUCGCCGUCAACAAUAUCAACAGGGCAAUUAGUGUGCAGUGCAGUGCAGUGCGGUAUCGAACCGCGCGCGAGUCGGACCGCGCAGACCGCAGCGAUAGAAAUAAAGAGAGUGCAACAAGCAACCAUCACAACUAGGAAAGGCAAAUGAUGAAGCCGCGUCGUGCGGGAGCCUCUCGGGGCUACGAGGAGAUGGACGGAUCCAAUGUGCCCGGCUACGGGACCCGGAACGGUGCCGGCGGUGGAGGUGGCACGGGAGCUUCGUCGCUUGGGAGUACCGGUAGCAGUGCGGAUGCGACGAGUCCUAUCAAUGGGAACGGAGGGGCCCCACCGGAGUUCGAGUUGGCCUCGGUCAGUGUCGUGCCGGACGAUACGUUUACGGUGACGCAGGCCGUCAAUGCGCUCGGGUUCGGGUGGUUUCAGGUGAAGCUGUCGCUGUGUGUGGGGCUGUGCUGGAUGGCCGAUUCGAUGGAGAUGACAAUUUUGAGUGUGCUGGGACCGGCGUUGCAUUGUGACUGGGGUAUUACGAGGUAUCAGCAGGCACUGGUGACAACGGUGGUGUUUCUGGGGAUGAUGCUCAGUUCGACGUUUUGGGGGCAUUUGAGCGAUCGGUAUGGGCGGAAGCCGGCCUUGACGCUUUGUGGAGUGUUACUUUUCUUGUACGGUUUGCUGAGCUCUGUGGCCCCUAGCUUUGGUUGGUUGUUACUACUCAGAGGUUUGGUGGGAUUUGCCAUUGGAUGUGUACCGCAAUCCGUCACUUUAUACGCCGAGUUUCUUCCAACAAAGCAACGAGCAAAAUGUGUUGUCCUGCUAGACUGUUUCUGGGCCCUGGGAGCUUGUUUCGAAGUGGCUCUCGCACUGGCCGUUGGUCCCAAUCUGGGCUGGCGUUGGCUCCUGGGACUUUCGGCGGCUCCACUGUUUGCAUUUGCUGUGAUUACCCCAUGGCUACCGGAAUCGGCACGUUACCACGUUGCCAGUGGCCAAAGCGACAAAGCCUUGACCACUCUGGAGCAGAUCGCCAAAGACAACAAGAGACCGAUGCUGUUGGGACGAUUGGUCGUUGAAGGACCCAGUGGAUCACGUGGCAGUGUGAAGGCACUGCUGGGUAGCUCUCUACGACGGACCACGCUUCUGCUGUGGUUCAUCUGGAUGUCGUGCGCCUUCUGCUACUACGGGUUGGUUCUGAUGUCGACGGAGCUGUUUGGAGGAAAGAACAAAACCGUGCUGCCGGAGACGGAAAAUGAUUGCCACCCGUUGGCCACUACGGACUACAUGGAUCUGUUGUGGACUACGUUGGCUGAGUUUCCGGGAAUUUUCGCUACGAUCUAUGUGAUCGAGCGGUUCGGUCGCAAGAAGACAAUGGCCCUGCAGUUCCUGUUCUACGCCGGCUGCGUGUUGAUGAUCACCGUCACCGAUGUUCGCGUUUUCCUAACGAUCAUUCUCUUUAUGGCCCGAGGCGUCAUUGCGGGUCUCUUCCAAGCCGCGUACGUGUACACUCCGGAAGUCUAUCCAACGGCGCUGCGCUCGGUCGGAGUAGGCGGCUGUUCGGCUCUCGCUCGACUAGGCGCUAUGGCAACGCCAUACGUAGCACAAGUUCUCUUCCAGUCGUCCAUAUGGAGUGCCGUCUCGGUGUAUGGGUUCUUUGCCGUUUGCGCCAGUGUUGCCUGUAUGCUGUUGCCGUACGAAACGAGAGGCACCGACAUGGGACAAUGAUUAUCCACAGUAUACUCACCACAACGACAUAAACCAUCUGACACAAAGAUACCUCCUUGAAGAAUUUGGAACGAACCAGAAAAAUCCCAUUUGUUAUCGCUCUUUAUUACAGUCUAAGGAAGUAGGUUACUGUAAUUUUGUUGACCAAACGAAGCGUUUUUUUUUUCAAUUUGUUUAGAUUUUAGUUGAAUGUGUGAAGUGUGUAUAUAAACGACUAUUUAUUUAUAUUAAAUAACUAACUAAUUAUAUUUAUGUACGAGCUUUUUCGAAUAAAAUGUACUUUCCUAUGUGUUUAACACUG